CCCAUUAUUUGAUGCCCUGCCUUCACCUCCACGACCACUUGUGAAUGUGAUGCACGCAGCCAAAGAGACGGGGAGCGGAGCAGCCAGACAGAAGAGAGGUUUUGGGAAACGAGGGGGGCUCACGCACGCUCUCCGUCACGCUGCGAAGUCCUCCAGGGGAGCGUGCAGAUAUCAAAAGCUGCCACACAAACACAGAGGCGCUGCGUGUAAAUGUGGACUCCUACAGGUGCUGAGAGGGGAGAGAGGCAGGUGAAAAGCAGGUGAAGACAUUAAAAAAAAAAGGAAAAAUAACAGAAACCCAACAAUAACACAUUUAGAGGGAACAGAAAGGAGGAUAAGAAUGGAGCAGCAGGAGUUUAGGUUUGAUGACAGAAGGACUCAGAGGCAGUAGGCCGCCACCAUGGUCACUACCGGGGGGCGCCCUCGCCCCUCGUCCUGGCCUCCUGUUGUUCUCCUGCUCCUCCUGUCCUCGCCGGCGGCGCUAUGGGCACGGCCGCUCCUCGUCCACUCGUCCAUCAAUGUGGCGGUGGUGUUCAGCGGCUCCAGCUAUCAGAACGAGGUCAGGGGUCGCCUCAGCGGGGAGAACUUCGUGGACCUGCCCGUGGUGGUCAGCCCCGUGACCGUGCUSGUCAACGACACCAACCCCCGUGACCUGCUGACCCACCUCUGUGACACCAUGGCCACGGAGAAGCUGCACGGGGUGGUGUUUGAGGACGAUGUGGGCUCGGGUGCAGGCGACCAGGUGGCAGAAGUGGCACAGAUCCUGGACUUCCUCUCCACCCAGACAGCUCUGCCGAUUGUGGGCAUCAGUGGCGGCUCUGCGGUUGUUAUUCCAUAUAAGGCGGAGGGAUCCUCCUUUUUGCAGAUGGGAGCUUCUCUGGAGCAGCAGGUCAUCUGCAUGUUCAAGAUCUUGGAGGAGUARGACUGGGGCGAGUUUGCGGUGGUCACCAGCUUGAUGCCAGGCUACGACACUUUUGUGGAUAUUGUUCAGUCGUACACAGACACUUCCUACUUCCUGUGGAACCUGCAGGAUAUUAUGACCCUGGAAAUGUCUGUUGGGGCAAAUGACUUGAGGACCAAACGCAUGCUGCAGCAGUUGGACUCCCAGGUCCUGCUGGCGUACUGUUCACACGAGGAGGCGCAGUACUUGUUCCGUCUCGCCGCUGAGUUGGGCCUGCUGGGGCCCGGCUACAUCUGGAUCCUCCCCAGUCUGGCCGUGGGCAACCCCAACAGCCUUCCACCUGCCACCUUCCCCGUAGGCGUGAUCGGCGUGAUAACAGACCAGUGGAGGAAAAGUUUGCGGCAGAGAGUGAGGGAGGGGGUCGCCAUCAUAGCCAAAGGGGCAGAGAGCUUCAAGAGGACUUAUGGUUUCAUUCCCGAGGGACACGGUGACUGCAACAAACCAGCCAAACAGUCAGACAACAUCACUCUGUUCAGGCACAUGCUCAAUGUGACGUGGGAAAGGAAAGAUCUGUCGUUCAACAACCAAGGCUUCUUAUCCAACCCCUCCAUGGUCAUUAUAGCUUUGGAUCGGGAGAGACAGUGGGACAAGGUGGGAACGUUCGCUCGCGGCAUCCUUCAGGUUCGCUACCCCAUCUGGCCGCGGUACGGCAGCUUCCUGGAGCACGUAUCUGACGACCGUCACCUGACUGUGGCCACCCUGGAGGAGCAUCCCUUCGUCAUGGUGGAGAACGUGGACCCGGGAACCGGCACGUGUGUCCGCAACACUGUGCCCUGCAGGCGUCAGUCCAAUCAUUCAGACAGUCCCUUUGGUCUCUCUGAGUCCUUCACCAAAUUAUGCUGCAAAGGUUUCUGCAUAGAUAUCCUCAAAAAACUGUCCAAAACCAUCAAGUUCUCCUUCGACCUUUACCUGGUUACCAACGGGAAACARGGCAAACUGGUGCAUGGGAUUUGGAACGGGAUGAUUGGGGAGGUUGUMUACAGGCGUGCUGACAUGGCCAUUGGCUCGCUCACCAUCAACGAAGAGCGUUCUGAAAUCAUCGACUUCUCCGUGCCGUUUGUGGAGACGGGCAUCAGUGUCAUGGUGGCACGCAGCAAUGGGACAGUGUCCCCAUCUGCGUUUCUUGAGCCUUACAGUCCAGCAGUCUGGGUUAUGAUGUUCGUGAUGUGCCUGACCGUGGUGGCUGUGACGGUGUUCGUGUUUGAAUACUUCAGUCCAGUCGGCUACAACCGCAGUCUGGUCAGCGCUAAAGCUCCCGGUGGUCCGACGUUCACCAUUGGGAAAUCCGUGUGGCUGCUGUGGGGCAUCGUCUUCAACAACUCUGUCCCCAUCGAGAACCCCAAAGGAACCACCAGUAAAAUCAUGGUCCUGGUCUGGGCCUUCUUCGCUGUCAUCUUCCUGGCUUCUUACACUGCCAACCUGGCUGCUUUCAUGAUCCAGGAGCAAUACAUCGACACGGUGUCGGGUCUCUCCGACAAGAAGUUCCAGAAACCACAGGAGCAUUACCCGCCUUUUCGCUUCGGGACCGUCCCAAARGGGAGCACAGAGAGGAACAUCCGCAGCAACUACCCUGACAUGCACACACACAUGAUGAAAUACAAUCAGAAGGGGGUGGAAGAGGCACUGGAGAGCCUUAAAACCGGGAAGCUGGAUGCCUUCAUCUAUGAUGCUGCUGUUUUGAACUACAUGGCCGGGAAAGAUGAGGGGUGCAAACUGGUGACCAUUGGCAGUGGGAAGGUGUUUGCCACCACUGGGUAUGGCAUUGCUCUGGAAAAAGACUCGCGCUGGAAACGACCUAUUGACCUGGCACUGCUGCAGUUUCUUGGAGACGGAGACACUGAACGACUGGAGACAGUCUGGUUGUCUGGUAUCUGCCAGAACGAGAAGAACGAAGUGAUGAGCAGCAAGUUGGACAUCGACAACAUGGCAGGCGUCUUCUACAUGCUUCUGGUGGCRAUGGGCCUCAGCCUGCUGGUGUUUGCCUGGGAACACCUGCUCUACUGGAAACUACGACACUCACUCCACAAAUCUCACAAACUUGACUUCCUGUUGGCCAUCAGCAGGGGUAUUUACAGUUGUUUCAAAGGAGUAGAAGAUCCUGGACGUUCUUCUGGUCUGGCCAAACCUGACCUGACUUCCAAUUAUGCUCAAGCCAARAUGCUUAAGAUGCUUCGUACUGCCAAAGACCUGGUCUCCACUGCCAARGUUGAGAGCUCCUUGGACAAUGCCACCAAAACCAUCGAACAUUUAAGUCGUCACGGUGGGACCUUACCCAUUCGGGUUCCACAAGUUUCCACGGAGGCCGUGCCAGGAGGCUUUGCUUACGUUACUGAAAACCAUUGCUCCCUUCCUCAGCGUUCCAUUACCCCACCGCUAACYGGUGUUACCCCUCUGAAACAGCAGAGGGGUAUAACCAGGCCAACACCACUGCGAUACACGCUGCCAACUCGCUCUUCGUCGUGUCUGUAUGACAGACCACUUCCUGUGUCCAGCCUGAGCACCCCCCACCUGGCUGUAGGAGAACCGCUUCCUCAUCAGCACCCACACCACUACCACACCACUGGGAGACUCUAUGUAGACUCCCACUCUCACUCCCCUUUCAUCCCUUACUCUGAUCUCCAGCUGCCAGACAUCUACUCAUCACAUCCGGUUUCCUUGUCCCAGAACCACCAUGUCCAUUUGGGCUUCUCCCAACCAAAAAGGAGGUCUAAGAGUUUCCAAAGUGACAACGUGGAUGUCGAUAGGAGAAAACACGGGGAGCAGGGAAAGAAUGACAAAAGUCAUAUUGGUCUGAGCGAGCUCAAGGCCAACCAUCUUCACGAUAACCACGUCUCCACCCCAAGUGUUGACAAUAUUUAUUUAGGAGAGGGAAUGUGUCCUCAGGUAGAGAACUAUGGCUCCUGGCCUCCAGAGGACCUUGUGCUCAGAGGGCGACGCAGGCACCGCCGACCCUCUUUUCUCAAAGCAACUUGGGGUAGUGAGCAGAUUCGUCAGCUUGAUGAAUCCCAAUCUUCUUUGUCCAGCCAAUCACCUUCAACCUUGCCUGACCUGUUUCCAUGCGUCGUUACGCCAACCACAUCUGCCAAGCCUUACAAUCCUGCCCAUCUUCGAAACAACCUGUGCCUCCCGAGGAACCAGGCCUACCUCCACAUCAGGGAGGACCAGAGGAGGCCUAAUGGGCGUAAAGGUCAGAGACUGCGCUACUCCCACUCCACCCACCUCCCAACAUAUGGAGAGGCAGUACGACAUGGGACUGGGCUAGGGCGAGGUAUGGUGCGGAGGGCCACCAGCCUCCUCAGCCYUCAGUACACACAAUACCUGAACUCAUACCCUGGACUCCCACUUUACCAUGGUCCACUGGAGCUCCAGCAUCACAGCCAGGCUUCCAGCCCAGUUUGCCAGCUGUUGGCCUGUGGUGGUGGGCGAUGCGGAGGCCAGCGGGCCCUGCUGUACCAGGACAGUUUAUAUGGAGCUUAUGGGGCCUAUCAAGGAACCCAGACUGGAUCAGAGGCUCCUGUAGGGCAGGGAGUAGGAGGCCAUCCUGUGGCGAGUCCUUGUGUACUUCGACCAUGGCGACGGGUUUCCAGUUUGGAAUCUGAAGUCUGACCGGAAACCAUAUAACCUUAUCAGACAGAAACUACGAGAAAACCGAGAGAAGACUUUCAAACAAUACCACUGUGGAAACUGUUCUUCGGUUUGUGUUUUUGUAAGAUUUAAAGUAACCGUUGAUUUUCAUUGUGACUCUGUGUGGUAAAGAAUAGAAAUUUGGCUCAGACACUACAAUAAGACUGCACUGUCACCAAUACAUCCUUGAGAAAGCCGAAGAAAGCUGGAGUUACUGGUUUAACUCUGUUGCUGCUUUCCAAUAAACAAUGUUUGUACUUUUAUGUGCACCAAGUUUUACACACACCCAGGUUAUUGGUGAAUAGUUGAACUAUAACUAGAGUUUCCAUGCUGUGUGUGUGUGUUGUAUUUUUGUAUUGUGGCUGGCUGGAAUUCAGUCUUGGGUAUUGUCUUGUGGAUGAAUUGUUGACAGCUGGAAAGAAAUGUUAGAUAAGAGAUAUUUUCUUUAAAUUCAACCACUAACAAGUAGCCACUGUAGCAGGAUAUCUGAAGGCAGCUGUGACGAUGACAUGAAGAACAAAAAUGCGUACAGUUCCGUACUGAAGGGCAUCACUUUCCUAAAGCAAAAAAUUCAGUUUGAGACAUCUGUUCAUGAAUUUCUGAAAAAUGUCUUGAAUCUUAAUCCCAUACAUCUUCACACUGAUGAGCCAGAGYAAGCAACAACUUUGUGAAAGCAGUCCAUAUGAACACAAUCUGCAAAAAUAAUAGCAGGAUUAGAACAUCAUUGACCAGCACUAGGUGUCUAAAAAGGGACAGUUUGGAAUUUUUUUUAUCAUGGGAAUUUGUGUAGUUGUCAGCAGUCAGAAUAAUCUCAGUUUGGAGAAUCAGUGAGAUGUUUUCAUGGAGGUUCCAAGCUAACAGCUAGUAAAAAUACGGUCUAGUAAACAAGAUUUAAUUAUUUAUAAUUCUGGUUUUUGUUGCAAACAACUUAGUGAGGCUACAACUGAAAUUGUACAUUUUCUCGCAUUUCCGAGUCAUCGACUAAUCUCCAAUAGUCACAGACCAAUCAGACCCCCUUUACCUGUUUCCAGUUGGGUUUCUCCCGCAUUUUCUUUAUUAAUAUUGUGCUGACAGCUGUCUACUGCAGGUAAGAUACCGAUGAAUAACUCUACAAAGCCCUACACCAAAAAAAAAUCCAAACUAUUUCUUUAAAACUGCUGACUUUUCAACCUCAUCAUCUCUCAUGGUGAGGCUACCAACUCACAGGCCUCACGUUAAGUAAAUUAUGUAUUCUAAGUACUAUAACAAUGUAGACGAAUGUGUUAUUUAAGACCGGUUAAUAAUAUAUUUACGUAUUCUACAUAUAUUAGGACUUUAUAAUCACUGUUUUUCUAAACAGCUCUUUCACAGUCUGUUUUUUUUCUUUUUUAAAUUGUUAAUUUGUUGGAACAUUUGCAACAACUGUUAUUAGCCGUCAGUGUGCAGAUGAACAUUUUCCUUAUUCCCCUUUUUCCACUCUUUUAUAUUCCCUUGUUAUCCUUCUUUUUACCACCCCCAUAAACUCUUCAGUUGUUCAGUUUAAACACAAGUAAAAUCUAUUCUAGUAUCUAUAUUACCAGGCUCCUUCACCCUGUAAUUAAUCACUAAGACCUAUUAAAGAGACUUUUUGGGUAAA